AUGGUGAAUCUAAAAAAUAUCCUCAUUCGCUCGUGCGUGGUAGUAGUGACACUGCUGACGGAGGAAGUGAAACAUAAAUUAGGAUUACCACUCAUCCUGUUUGUAAACACACAGGGAAUAAAGGCAAAUGAUUGGUUUAAUGAUUGGAAAAAUGACAUGGUAGGAGAUUGGGAGAAGAGCUUCCUCAACGGAAUUGAAAAAAAUUGGUCAGGAGGAUGGAGGAAGGAUUUAUUAAGUAUCUUUCAAAAUGGAUUUCAAAAUAGCUGGCUAGGAGGAAUCAAAAACGACAAUAUGUUAAGGGAUUCUAUCAGCAUCAUACUUGCACAUGCACCAAAAAGAAACAGACAAAUUAUUAAUGAACAUAUUAACGAAUUGCUAAGUGGAAGAUAUAAUGAAAUAAACCCAAAAAAUCUACUACAUAGAAUAUCAAAUAUUAUCAAAAAUGGAAAAGAAAAAAGCUUAUGUGACGAUAAUAAGUCCUUCAUUAUUAUAGAAACUAUUAAUUUUUUAAUUAGAAAUAUAACAAAAAAUUUGAAUGGAUGUCAAUUACAAGUGAAAGCAUCAGAUGUAUCCAAUAUAACUAAUGGUUGCCAAUCUGAUAUGGAUAAACAAAUAAUUUUUGAUGAUCAGAAACCUGAUGAGAUGGUACAUGCAACAAAUGGGUUACAGCUCUCCCCAAGCAAUAGAUUCUUUAGUAGUCUUUUACAAUGCUCCGUUGGUAACCUAGGUUCAGGGGAGAAAACUAUGAUAUGUGUGCAGGAAGAGCUAGCCAAACGGAACUUAAAGCUUUCCGAUACUUGUUCUACUUGCUUUAAAGAAUCAGUCGAUUGUGGCAAGUCCAACUGCUGGCUCCCCUGCCUAUUCGGCAAUCCCUGCGCGGACAGAUGCUACCAGUGCGCCUUGGACAGCUGCAAUAAGGAGCUCAUUCGAUGUAGUGGUUUGGAGAACCUCCCCGCUGCCUGCUCAUGA